AUGGAACCACUAACGGCUCCCGACCCGGAGAAGUUAUCCAAGACCUUGGGGCUCGUCUUCCAAGGAUCAAAUCUGAAUGGAAAGAUAUGGGUGUUUGCUGAAGAAGGCGCAAGAUUCUGUGCUGAAUGCGACACGGAUCAAGUUCUUCAUGGCCGGGUUGAGUCCCCUCGCCUUGUGGGACACAUUGGCAUUUCAGCGGUUUAUGCUAAAUGCACAAGGGGCGAAAGGAUCCAUUUGUGGGACAAAAUGAGGGAAAUUGCACUGGCUACUGAAGGUUCGCCUUGGAUCAUUGGGGGAGACUUCAACACCAUUCUUUCGACGGGUGAUAGAGUCGGUAGUGACACUAACCGACAAGCUGAAAUGGUGGACUUUGCGGAGGCUAUUGAAGAUUGCAGAGUUCUUGAUCCGGGGUUCGAUGGCUCGGAAUUUACAUGGGCCAAGAAUGGCCUUUUCGAGAGGCUCGAUAGAGUGUUAGUGAAUGAACCUUGGGCACAAUGCUUUGAAGCGACUAGAGUAGCAGACUUACCUCGGGUUUCAUCGGACCAUGGCCCCGUGUUGGUCCGGUGCAGAACCCCACGUACCCACACUGAGGGCAGGCCGUUUCGCUUUCAAAAUAUGUGGGUUAAGGAGUGGAAUAAGGCUGUCUUCGGGAACAUUCAUGACAACCUUAGGGAAACCGAGGAAAAAAUUGCGAUGGCCCAAGCAGAAUUUGAGGAGAGGCCUUCCCCGGAUAACAGGGCAGAAGUUAACCGUAGCAUUGCCAUGUAUAUCCGUCUUCUCAAGAUGGAGGAGGACUUUUGGAGACAAAAGGCGACCCUUAGAUGGCUUGCGGAGGCGACAAGAACACCAAAUUUUAUCAAACGCCUCUCACCUUCUCCCGAAGUGGAAGCCCUACCGAAUCCACCAAGCACAGAGGAAGUGAAAAAAGCCGUAUUUGACAUCUCCGGAGAUAGCGCCCCUGGACCGGAUGGUUUCACAGCCACCUUCUAUCAAUCUUGCUGGGAUACGGUCGGUAUUGAUGUUGUGGCCGCUAUCCAGCAAUUUUUCGAGGGAGCCUACCUACCCCGAAGCAUCACGGCCACGAGUAUCGUACUCAUUCCGAAGAAGCUCGGCCCAGACUCGUGGAGUGAUUAUCGCCCCAUUAGCUUGUGCAAUGUUUCAAACAAGAUCAUCACCAAAAUCCUCACAAGGAGAUUAUCUCCCCUCCUCCCUCAGGUUAUUGCGCCAAAUCAGAGUGGGUUUGUGAAAGGCCGGCUGCUUAAUGAUAACGUCCUCUUGGCGCAAGAGGUGUUCCAUGAACUUCCGAGGAGCGCGCCGGCCCCCAAUGUUGCGGUCAAGAUUGAUAUGGCUAAAGCUUACGACAGAGUCCAGUGGCCCCUAUUGAUCAAGGUCAUGGACCGAAUGGGCUUCCCCGCCAGAUGGAUCUCCAUGAUUGAGAGACAAGGUGACCCAAUAUCACCCUCCUUAUUUGUGAUUGCUGCGGAUUACCUCUCAAUGUCUCUGGACAAACUCAUUCUGGGAAAGAAGGAGAUGAUCUUUAAAGCCUCUCGGGGACGCAUGGAGAUUAGCCACCUCGCCUAUGCCGACGAUAUUGUAAUCUUCACCCAAGCGGCAGAAGUCCCUCUGAGGCAGCUCAGAGCUUGUCUUGAUGAAUACGCGGGAAUCUCCGGACAGCAGAUCAAUCUUGUAAAGAGUAACUUCUACAUUGCCAAAAAACAUGAGAGGUGUGCCGGCCUAAUCCAGGCCGAAGGGGGAUUCACUCGAGACAUGUUUAUGUUCCUUCGGGAAAAGCUUGCCGCGAGAGUCACAGGGUGGGCUCACCGCCACCUCUCGUUUGGAGGGAGACUCACCCUCAUCAAGAGUAUGCUCGAAGCGGUGCCACUCCACAUCUUCCAAGCCAUCGAGCCAACCUCCGGGGCGCUCAAACAAUUGGAUCAGCAGAUGGCUCGAUUCUUCUGGGGAUCGACAAGUGAGAGGAAAAAAACACACUGGAUCGGUUGGGAUCAGAUCUGCCUCCCGACGUCCGAAGGAGGGCUCGGAGUUCGAAAAACCAAAGAAGUACUCCGAGCCUUUAGCAUUAAGUUAUGGUGGAGAUUCCGAGAGCAAUGCUCACUCUGGGCCAGAUAUAUGAUGAUAAAAUAUUGCAAGAAGGUCUCCCGCCUUGCGGCCAACACCUCCGGGCAUAACAGCCCAACUUGGAAAAGACUCAUGCGCACAAGACAUCAGGCGAACCCUCACAUUCGAUGGGUUGUGGGUAAAGGGGAAAUCUACUUUUGGGAUGACAUUUGGGUGGGUGAUUCUACUCUUCGGUCCCUUACUUUUGAUGAUAGAGGCAACCACACUUCCCGGGUCGAAGAAUUCCUCAGGGAUGGCGAGUGGAAUGAAGCCAAGCUCCAACAACUCCAUGACCAGGCCGGGCUACCACAACAGGUUAUAUCUCAGAUCCUCGACACCCCGGUCAUUGCAGGGGAGCCAGACACGCCGAGGUGGUCCCUUUCUAGCCUCAGAGAAUUUACGCUAGCAACAACAUGGGACACUAUCCGCACACUUAGACCGAGGAUACAAGGGCUCGAAGACAUUUGGAGGGCUGGCCUAACCAACUCUAUUGCAAUCUUCAACUGA